UGAGGGGGCGGAGCCGCUCUGACGGCGGAAGGAGGCGGGGAGCGGCCCCCCUAACCACUGUGGGCUCCGAGCGGCCGAUUUGGCCGCCUCAGCACAACCGGGUCGGGGUUUACCGCGACCGUUGCACCCACCCCGCCGGUGCCCCGUCCGGUCACCGUCCACCCAACGCCGCCGCUGGGGUUCCUCGCUCCCGCCCUCCACUGACGCAGUCUGUGCCGCACCAGCUCCUAACAUGGCGGCGGCGAGGCAGUGAGGAGCGCGGGCAGCGAGCCGGGCCGCGAGCGGUCUUAAAACUUUUGAAGCCAUGGGAAUCAAGGUCCAGCGGCCACGUUGCUUUUUUGACAUAGCCAUCAACAAUGUACCUGCUGGAAGAGUGGUCUUUGAAUUGUUUUCUGAUGUGUGCCCAAAGACAUGUGAGAAUUUUCGCUGCCUUUGCACAGGUGAAAAAGGUACCGGAAAAUCGACCCAGAAGCCAUUGCAUUACAAAAGUUGUCUGUUUCACCGAGUUGUGAAAGAUUUUAUGAUCCAAGGAGGUGACUUCAGUGAAGGAAAUGGGAGAGGAGGAGAAUCCAUUUAUGGUGGUUUUUUUGAAGAUGAAAGCUUUGCUGUAAAGCACAACAAAGAAUUUCUUCUGUCAAUGGCCAACAGAGGGAAAGAUACAAACGGUUCACAGUUCUUUAUAACAACCAAGCCUACACCUCACCUAGAUGGACUUCAUGUUGUUUUUGGACAAGUCAUCUCAGGACAGGAAGUUGUGAGAGAGAUAGAAAACCAGAAAACAGAUGCAUCUAGUAAACCAUAUGCUGAAGUACGAAUACUGAGUUGUGGAGAGUUGAUUCCAAAAUCCAAAGCCAAGAAAGAAGAGAGAAAAAGACACAAGUCCUCCUCCUCAUCCAGUGAUUCAGAAAGUUCAAGUGAUUCAAAAUCUUCCUCUGAUUCAUCAUCUGAUUCUGAAAGUGCUUCUGAAGAGAAACCUAAGAAGAGAAAAAAGAAACACAAGAAAAAUUCUAGAAAACAUAAGAGAAAAAAAAAGAGAAAGAAAAGUAAGAAAAGCUCAUCCAGUGAAAGUGAAGAUGAAAACCCUGAAGCACAGCCAUUGUCUACUGUCCGUCCUGAAGAGAUCCCUCCUGUACCAGAAAACAGGUUCCUCAUGAGAAAAAGUCCUCCUAAAAUAGAUGAAAAAGAAAAAGAACGGAAGAGCAGAGAGAAGGAAAGAGAGAGUAAUCCAUCAAAUUCCCAGUCGUCAUACCAGAGAAGGCUUUUAGUGACCAGAUCUGGAAGGAAAAUAAAAGGAAGAGGACCAAGGCGCUAUCGGACGCCUUCCAGAUCCAGGUCAAGGGAUCGCUUCAGACGCAGUGAGACUCCUCCACAUUGGAGGCAGGAAAUGCAAAGAGCUCAAAGAAUGAGAGUUUCCAGUGGAGAAAGAUGGAUAAAGGGAGAUAAGGGUGAAGUAAAUGAAAACAAGAAAGAUGCUCAAAAAAGCCCUGGGAGAGGAAAGGAGAGAAAAGCAUCAGACCACAGACAAGUCUCUGAGAGCCCAAACAGAAGAGGGGAAAAGGAGAAGAAGACAAAAGACCACAAAUCCAGUAGUAAAGACAGGGAGACAAGGAGGAAUUCAGAAAAAGACGAUAAGCAUAAUAAAAGCAAGGCCAAGAAAAGAGCUAAAUCUAAAAGCCGGAGCAAAAGCAAAGAGAAAUCAAAGAGCAGAGAAAGAGACACUAAGUACAACAGACAUGAAGAAAAGAGAGUGAGAUCAAGAAGCAAAGAGAGGGAUCAUGAGAGAGGUAAAGACAAGCACCAUGAUUCUAGAGGGAGAGAUAAAGAAAGGAGCAGAAGUAAGGAGAGGUGUAAAAGUGCAGGAUCAAAAAGUAAUGAACAAGAUCACAGUAAAAGCAAAGACAGGGAGAAACAUGCAAAAUCGAGGAGCAAAGAACGUGAGCAGGCUAAAGGAAAACAUAGUUCCAAUAGUAAAGCAAGAGAACGAAGCAGAAGCAGAGACAAAGGGAAGAGAGGCAGAUCUAGAAGUAAAGACAGAGACCGGAGUAGAAGUAAAGAGCGUUCAAAAAAUGAAGAUAAAGAAGCAAAAAGAAAAGGAAGAUCAAGAAGUAGAGAGAGAAAAGGCACACCAGAAAAAUCUAAAGGAAAAGAGAAUAGGAGGAGGAGAGACUCAAGGAGCCGUGAAAGAGAAGAAAGUCAAAGCAGAAACAAAGAGAAGUAUCCUAACCGAGAAAGUAGAAGUUCACAUAAGAAAAAUGACUCUGAAAGCCAAAGGAAGAAGCGUUCAAAAAGCCGUGAAAGUAGUAGCCCUGAGACCAAUAAAGAUAAAAAGGCUAGUAGAGAUCAUCAGGAUAAAAGUCCAGACUCAAAGAGAAGACAAAGCAGUAAGGAUAGAGAAUUAAAAAAAUCAUCUACACACAGGAGUAGGGAAAAAGAGAAGAAUAGAGCCUCACUAGAAAAAGAAAUUAACCAAAAAUCAAAGAGUCAGGAAAGAGACCAUGCCCAUCGUAAGGAUAAAAAGUCUGAUCACGAAUCAAGUCCUGGAACAGAUGAAGACAGACGUGGAUGAGCUAUGGACUUAUUGUUUCCAUUCUGUCUCAAAGUUUGGGACAUUUUGGGGAACACCUUUUUUUUAAUGUGGACUUCAGUUUGGUCUUUUGAUAAUCUAAAACCUGGAUCAUUUGUACUGCUAAAGUUUUAAUAAACUUGAAAUGAGAAACA